AUGGCUUCCUACUCCGCCAUCGGGCCCGAGCCCACAGAGGCCGAUCCUAUGACUUCGAGUACGGGGUCGCUCCGAGGCAGACGGAGAGGUCGAGGAAAGCAAGACGUUGGAUUCAAAGGCCAGGCGACAUGGAUAUCAAGUGUCAUCAAUCUGGCCAACACCAUUCUCGGUGCCGGCCUCCUUGCCAUGCCCUCUGCGCUCUCCAAAAUGGGCAUCUUCCUCGGCAUCUUCGUCAUCGCGUGGGCGGGUACAACAGCAGGCUUCGGUCUCUACCUCCAGACGCGAUGCGCGCGGUACAUUGACCGGGGCCAUGUGUCCUUUGCGACACUGUCGCAGAUGACAUAUCCGAACCUGUCCAUCAUCUUUGACGCUGCGAUUGCGAUCAAGUGCUUCGGCGUGGCUGUCAGCUACCUUAUCAUCAUCGGAGAUCUGAUGCCGGGCGUUGUUCGAGGAUUCGCGCCGGGUGCGAGCGACAUCACGUUUCUAGUUGACAGGCAGUUCUGGAUUACGGCCUUCAUGCUCAUUGUUAUCCCCCUCUCCUUCCUCCGCCGCCUCGACUCCCUCAAGUACACCAGCGUCAUCGCCCUCUUCUCCAUCGCCUACCUUGUCAUUCUAGUCGUAGCACAUUUCCUCAAAGGCGACACCCUCGCCGACCGAGGUACCGUCCGAGUCUUCGAAUGGGCGGGCCCCGUCUCUGCCCUCGCCGCCUUCCCCGUCAUCGUCUUCGCGUACACAUGCCACCAGAACAUGUUCUCCAUCCUCAACGAAAUAGCCGACAACUCGCACUUCCAGACCACGACCGUCAUCUUCGCGUCCAUUGGCGGCGCAUGCGGUCUUUACAUCCUAACGGGAAUCACAGGUUAUCUAUCCUAUGGCGACAACAUUCACGGCAACAUUGUCUCCAUGUACCCAACUGCAGCAGCUAGCACCAUUGGCCGCCUCGCCAUCGUCAUCCUCGUCAUGUUCUCGUACCCCCUCCAAAUCCACCCUUGUCGCGCCAGCAUCGACGCAUGUCUAAAGUGGCGUCCAGGCCGCCUGCGCAAACACAAGCACAAGCAAUCCGAAGUCGGCGGCAGCCCAUCCCGCAACUCACUCAUUACCAAUACGCCGAAACCUUCUCCGCCGCCCAAGGCGAGCGAGAUGAGCGAUUUGAAAUUCGCAGUCAUUAGCACGGUGCUUAUUAUUCUGUCAUUUAUUACUGCCAUGACGGUGAGUAGUUUGGAAAAAGUGCUGGCGUAUGUGGGGUCGACGGGUAGUACGACGAUUAGUUUUAUCUUGCCGGGAUUGUUUUAUUACAAGAUUAGUGACCCGGAGUCGUCGCAUCAUCAGCGGCUUGUCAAGGAUGAGGAUGAUGAGGAUGAGGGGGUUGAUGACGGGUACGUCUCGAGUGAGGGGCAUUCGAAUCGCGAUUUUAGGAGGGGGUUGUUGAGGAAUGCGGCGUUGGCGUUGAGUGUUUAUGGGGUGGUGGUUAUGGUGGUUUGUUUGGUUACUAAUACUUUUCUUGUGGCGGCUGCGCAUUGA